CAAGUGUCUGCUGUAAACAAAAGUUUAUUUUUGGCCUCACUGUGAAGCGCCUCUCCCUCCGUGCACGCCGCCCUCCCUGCGUGCGCGCUCCCGUGAGGCGGAGGCGCGGCUCCACUCAAGGCGCGGUUGUCAGCGGGUUUCACGGCACACGCAGGCGACUUUACUCCGGUUGGCGCAAAGGUUGGAGCCGUCACUGCUACAUCAUGUCAGACACUGGUUUGAUCCGGCGCAUACGCAACACGCCUAAGCCAUCGCUGCCUGUGCUCGUGUGUUCAAAGUUGGGUGGCUGCGCUUUGCCAAUCGCUCAGAUUGUAAUCGGGUCUGUGUAUCUGAAUGAGUGUCCGCGGCAGCACUACAUCCCCAUCUACCUGAUCGUGGGGGGGGUCUUUGGUUUGUUCAUCGCGCUGCUCUCCUGCCUCCCCUGCACCCAGAGGGACGAGGGCGACACCAGCGCAGCCGACACCCCCCUCAGCAGACUCUGCACCACCUGGAAUUCACUGACCUCGCUCUUCUUGUUCUGCUGGUUCAUUACUGGUAACGUGUGGAUCUACUCAAUUUACCAGCCCGACUACCACAAGAAUGCAACACAUCCAGAUCUCUACUGCAACAAGACGCUGUACCUGUUUGCCUUCUGGACCACCACCCUGGUCUACAUCCUCCUGGGCCUGUUCUUCGUAAUCGGCUUCUGCGUCCUCUUCUGCUUCUGCCUGUGUGGACGAGCCGAUCCUGACGACAACGUGUAGCCGCCGAAGCUGUCGCCGCAUGAGUUGCGCUUAGUACUUUAAUCAGUCUGAAACACGCACUAUUUAUUGGUGCAGUAAAGACUUUCCUCUUUUACACCUGAGAGCCUGUAUGGAAACACAAUACUUUACUUAUUUAGUACAAUGAAAUGGAAUAAUGCCUUACACUACAUCCAAGUAACACAGAAGAAGCUUAGACGAGUCUUUUCUAGACAAUGAGUCAAAUCAGCAGCAAAGACUGACGCGUCUCAUUUGAAUUCAUGCCUUGUGUUGCACUAUUGUUUACCUUUUCCUGACAGCCCCCUUUAGAUGCAUAUUUACAUUUAUUUACAUCUCUAAGAUAGUUGGAAUUGCUGAGACUUUUCUACCUCUGCACAAGCUGCUGUGUUUUAUGUUUUUUUUCUUUGACUGCCUUAGCUGAAGAUGGAGAUCUAGUGUUUACGUCAGAGUCGACCUGUAGAGAGAAGAGGAUGAAAUGAUGAUGUGCUACUUGAAUAUUAAAUGACUCGAUGUCAGGAAGCGACUGCUAAACGUAUCUGAUGCCAUGUCAUGUUCCCUGCUAAAGCAACACUUUAUUACCUAAUACCUAUUCAUGCCAGCAGUGGUUCUAGGGAGAGCUACCUUUUCUGGUUUUCUCCCAAUAAAUACUUACAUCCAUGAUUUAAUUCAUUUUAAGCUUUACUUACAAAAAAUGCAGUGUUAACAAAUUCCUUUUCAAACACAAGAAUUUCAGGCCAGUGCAAAGUGCUCAGCUUCUGAAUGAAUUACAGUAUAUCUGUUUUUCUGCCUCUUCAGAAAGCUCUCACCAACUCAUGCUCAGCUGUUUUUUCCUGCCUUUAUUCUCCACCUGUCCAGUCUCUGUCCUCCAUGUUUUCUGUAGGUAAAUGCCAACGCCUCAUUCUGUUGUUAGUGGCCCAGUACGUUGUUUAGUCUCUCCUCCUUCUGGCCCUUUGCCUUUGCUACGCAGCCUGUGAUAAGGAUUCCCACCCUCAAUCAGUAUAAUUGCGGUGUGCAAAAACAUAAUAUGGAAACUUUAAAGGGGAAGUCACUAAUCAGCUGUUUGUGUCAUAUGACAAAAAAAUUGUAACUUUAGCAAAACAGGUGAGAACUAAACUAAACCACACACACAGGCCUCUGCUCUUUGUGCGAUGUGUUCAGCAACUUUUUUGUGAGUUGAGCUAUUACAUCGUGUGAAAACUAAAUAGUUCCGUCAAACUGCUACAGAAUGAAACUGUAGGUGUCUAAUGUGGAACAGCACACAUGAAACAAAACACAUUUACUAGAAACGUUUUAUUAUUUUGAUUUUUAAGUUUGAAACCUAGGGUGCAUUAAAUUCAAUUAAUAAAUGAGACUCUCACUGCAGGUUUUAAUCUUAUGUCGCUUAGUGGAGACAUGAAUGAGCCAAGAGUGUUCAUUAUACUGGAGUUUAGCAUAAAACAUAAUUUAUAUGCAAAUUUUAGUUGUUUACCACUCCUAAUAUGCUUUAAUACCUACAUUGUGUACCUAUGUGUACCCUUGAGCAAGACACUUGACACUGGUUCUGUUUGGUGGUGCUGGGAUGUCAGCAUGAUGUGCUGAAGGUGGUGAGUGAAGGAUGUCAGAUAUAAGGUUAUAAUGCUCAUUCACAACAUCACCCACUCAGAUAAUUUCACUUGUAUACAGUAUGUAAUAUUUGAUCCAACUCAUAGUCAUGAUCCAAAAAUGAACCUACAUCCCAUAUACUUGUAUUCAGCAUACUUGAUAUUCUGUUUAUUUUAUACAUAAAUGUCAUUAAUGAAUAGUCUUGAAAUAAAGGGCUGUAUCAUCUGCA